AUGACUAACAGUACUGAAAACAUCAAUCAAUUCUAUCAACAACUGGACAGCACACUCCGGACUAUUUCACCAUCUGAUAAGAUUAUGCUCAUGGGUGAUUUUAACGCUAGAGUUGGUCAGGACUACAUCACCUGGCCCAAAGUUCUUGAAAAGUAUGGCUGUGGGAAGCUGAACUCCAAUGGUGAAUUUCUUCUUACACUCUGCACAGAACACCAACUUGCCAUCACUAAUACAUUCUUUAACCACAAACCAGCACAUAAAAACUCAUGGAUGCACUCGAGAAGCAAACACUGGCACCUUAUUGAUUACAUCAUCAUCCUUCAGCGUGAUCUGGUUGACAUCUUAGACACUAGAGCAAUGAGAGGAGCCAACUGCAGCACUGACCACAUCAUGAUCAGAUCAAUCACUAAAUUUAAAGUAAGAAGAAAGAUGAUGAAAGGCAGAAAAUCGAACUACAAACUUAAUAUCAGCAGAAUUAAGAACAGACAAGUGCAAGAAAAGCUAGAGAAGACACUCACAGAAAGGCUUGAUACCAUACCACCAGGUGAUGCAGAGAACAAAUGGCAGGCAUUCAAAGAGGUGGUGUGCAAUGCAUCUGAAGAACACCUUGGCAUUGCAACCAAAAAACAGGAGGACUGGUUUGAUGAGAACAGUGCGGAACUUGUUCAACUGCUGGAUGCCAGGAAUCAAGCCAGAACCAACAUGCUCAACAGGAACACCCGAUCUAAUAAGGCUAAAUUCAAAACUCACAGUAAACUCCUACAAAAUCGAUGCUGA